AAUGAUGAGACAUCAAUGGCACUGAGAUUGAGAGGAGAAGACCAACCAUUGUCCAAAGUCGAGUUUCCAUCUGCCCUCAACACCUUAGACAUUAAAUUCUCCGAUCAACAUUUGAUCGACGGAUCACUUCCCAACACCAUAACCAAACUCACAAUUGAGUUUGAUAAUGGGUUUAUCCCAAGGAUUGGAAUAAUCCCAGAUUCUGUGGUGGAUUUGAGAAUAACAAGAAUUUCAAAAGAUCAUCAAAGUCAAGGCUUCCCCAGUGGAUUGAUACCAACCUCUGUAAAACAACUUCAUCUAUCUGGAUAUUUGGCACUCUCCCCAGGAUGUAUUCCCAACUCGGUAGCAUGUCUCUUGAUAGAUCUGAACAGCCAAUCCAAUUUGUCAAUUGAUACCAUCCCAAACACAAUGACGUCACUCUUUCUUUCAAACCGAGUAGUUACCAACAUUGACUUUAGUGGAUUCAGAUCAUUGAAAUAUAUGAGUAUAGACAACAUUAAUAGUAUUCCAAAAUUGCCAACUUCCCUAUCCUCACUAUUCAUGGAGAAAUUCAACAAUAUAAUAGUAUCAGGAUCACUGCCCAACAAUCUAAUCAAACUACAUAUGAAUAGAUUGAAUAUUCGUUUGCAUUAUGGAUCUCUACCCAAUAGUAUUCAGGAACUUUUCCUCCAACAAUACAAUCAUCCAAUGAAAGUUGGUGAUCUACCAUCAUCACUAACACAUUUGGAGAUGAUGGCAUACAAUCACGAUCUUGAUCUAAGCAAUGUCCCACUAGUCCAUCUAUCACUCGACAAUAUGGAGAGGAGGUUAACACUUCCAACAACAUUAGUCACCCUCAUACAUCCGAACUUUUAUCCAUACAACACAAACAUACCACCUUGCCUCUUUAAACUGGUGUUUGGUGGCAAGUUCAUCAACAAACAUCCAAUGCCAAUGCCGCCAUCAACAACCAGUUAU